AACAGAAUCCUUAGCCCGAAUGGUGAUCGUGAUAUGACCACCUCCCUGGUCCUUAAUCCGCGCUGGGUGGACACGGUAAUGUUUGUGUACGAAAAUAACUUGGAUGAGCUCAACAAGAACAUGGAAGGCUUGGUGGGCGCAGGCAAUUUCGCGGCCAACCAGUGCAGGAAUCUGAUGGCUCACUCCGCUCUCGGAGGUCACCCGUCCACCCUUGUGCACGGCUCCGGCUACUCCGCAGUGGACGUGAGCGGCUCGGGUUCCGGCGAGCCCGGCAAGCAGUGCGCUCCGUGCCCGGCCGUGCCCCAGGGUACUUCCACGGCGCCCCCUCUGCCCUACGGGUAUUUCGGCAAUGGCUACUACUCCUGCCGAAUGGGGAGAGGCUCGCUCAAGUCCUGCACCCAGCCCGGCGCCCUCUCCAGCUACUCCGCGGAGAAGUACAUGGACACGCCAGUGCCCUCGGAGGAGUACCCCAGCCGGGCGAAGGAGUUCGCUUUUUACCACGGCUAUGCCAGCCCCUACCAGCCCAUGGCGAGCUACCUGGACGUUUCUGUGGUGCAGACGAUCAGCGGGCCGGGGGAGACCCGUCACGAGACCCUGCUGCCCGUGGACAGCUAUCAGCCGUGGGCUCUGCCGAACGGCUGGGGAAGCCAGGUGUACUGCCCCAAGGACCAGAGCCAAGCGGGGCACUUGUGGAAAUCCGCGCUCGCAGACGUGGUGGCUCACCAGCAGGACGGCAGCUCCUUCCGCCGGGGCCGAAAGAAGAGGAUACCCUACACCAAGGUGCAGCUCAAGGAGCUGGAAAAGGAAUACGCCGCCAACAAAUUCAUCACCAAAGACAAGAGGAGGAAGAUUUCUGCGGCAACCAACCUGUCGGAAAGGCAGAUAACCAUCUGGUUUCAAAACAGGAGGGUCAAAGAGAAGAAAUUCGUGGCGAAAGUCAAAUCCAGCACCCCUUAAUUACCAAUCUCGCGCUUCAGGUUUGCGCCUGGGACUUUGGACUUUAAUUGCUCUUGAUUUAAAAAAAAUAAUAAUAAUGAUAAUAAUCCUCGCGCGAGACAGAGAGGGAGGAGAUGUGAUUCGACAGAGAACUCAGUUUACUGUUUUUUUUUUAUUGCCAGUUGAAAUGGUUUAAGCGAAGGUGCCUCUGUUACAACGAUCUGAGGAUUUCUGUAUGGUGAAUCACACGGACUUAACAGAGCUAAAAGGACUGUAAAUACAAACAUUUAACCAUGCCUGCUAUAAAAUACUACUCGUACUUUCUUAUGUAUUAUGCCUGUCUAGCGGAUUAGUUGUGCCUGUAUUAUUGCUGUAGUGUAACCGACCCUAUUAUGCAACGAGUCCUAUUCCCAGAUAUACUGCUUAGCACUUGUAAAACAAUAUGCGAAAUUAAAAUGCUAAUAAAAGGCCUAUGUCCGCGAGUUUA